ACUGGCAGACAUAUGUGCAGUUUAACGGUUUUCCUGUCAAUUUUCAGUUCACACACACACACACUCACAUAUGCUCAUGAAGCAUAUAUGUACUCACACACAGUCGUCGUUGAAUAAUUACAUAGCAUCAUGGUAGGCUACUGUCCAAUUUGCGGGAAGCCCGUCUACUUUGGUGAGAAGAAGAGGUCCUUAGGGAGGGACUACCACCCUCUGUGUCUCAAGUGUCAAAAGUGCAAGAGACAGCUCACAGCAGGUCAACAUGCCGAGUAUGACGAAAAGCCGUAUUGCUCACACUGCUACCUGAGGAUGUUUGGUCCAAGAGGUAACAGGUGACCGGUGUCUCAGUGGUGCAUUGCAGCUCGUUCACACACUGAGCCGGCAUGGACUGAAGAAACACAGGCACUAAAAAAAAAGUGUAGUAGGCCUAAAUAAAUAAAUAUAAAUGACGGACAGAUAUCUAACUGUCCAUCCACUUUCAUUUACACAAAUAAAAUAUUUAUAAAUGUGUGUGACCACUUGAUGCAGUGUGUAUGUGAUUGUUCACUUUUGUAAUGUAAACUAAUUUUCUGUCGGUAUUAAUAAAUGCAUUUUGAAAUAUGUCAAAAACAUUGUU